AUGGUUUCACCAGAUACAUUUAUUAAUGGUCCAGAAUAUUUUGGUUCAAUUCCACAUGGUGGUGAAUUAAUCGAUUUAUUAUUAAAAGGUGAACAAUUGGUCGAAUUAAAAAAAAGAUCAGUCACAAUGCCAAGUUUGUUAUUGACUAAGAAACAAUUAUGCGAUAUCGAAUUAUUGAUUAAUGGUGGUUUCUCACCAUUAAAAACUUUUAUGGAUGAAGACACCUAUACAAGUGUUUGCAACUAUAUGACAUUAGAAGGAAGUGAAGAUGGUACCGUUUUUCCAAUGCCAAUUAUUUUAGAUGUUACCAAAGAAACCUUAGAUAUUGUAUUAGCAACUGAAUCAAAAGAAUUAGCAUUACGUGACGAAGAAGGCAAUCUUAUUGCCGCUAUCACUGUCAGCAAUUAUUAUAAACCAAAUAAAACUGAAGAGGCACAAAAAACAAUGGGUUCAGUCGAUCCAUAUCACCCAGGUGUAAACACAAUUUUCAAUACUAAAGAAUACUAUAUCAGUGGUUUAUUAGAAGGUGCUCAAUUACCAGUUCAUUACGAUUACAAUUCUCUUCGUCGUACACCAAAGCAAGUCAGAGAAAUUUUCAGAGAAAACAAUUGGGAAAAUGUUAUUGCAUUCCAAACUCGUAAUCCAAUGCACAGAGCCCACAGAGAAUUAACUGUUAGAGCUGCAGAGCUUAACCCAGGUUGCCACAUUUUAAUCCAACCAGUUGUUGGUAUGACCAAACCAGGUGAUAUUGAUUACCACACUCGUGUUAAAUGUUACAAGACUAUUAUUGAAAGCUAUCCAGAAGGUUUGGCUAUGCUUUCACUUUUACCAUUAGCCAUGAGAAUGGGUGGUCCAAGAGAGGCAGUAUGGCACGCAAUCAUCCGUAAAAACUUUGGUUGCAAUCAUUUCAUUGUUGGUAGAGAUCAUGCAGGUCCAGGUGAAGAUAAGAAUGGUAAUCUCUUUUAUCAACCAUAUGAAGCACAAGAAUUAGCUCUUAAAAUGGCUGAUCGUUUAAAUGUUAAAGUUUUACCAUUCCAAAUGAUGGUAUAUGUUCCAGACCACGACAAGUAUUACCCAGUCGAUGAAGUUCCAAAAGGUUUAGAAACUGCAAAUAUCUCUGGUACUAAACUUCGUCACCUUUUACGUACUGGUGGUGAAAUCCCAAAUUGGUUCACUUAUGAAAAAGUUGUACGUAUCCUUAGAGAGUCAUGCCCACAACGUUCAAAACAAGGUUUCACAGUUUUCUUUACAGGUUUUAGUGGUAGUGGUAAGAGUACUAUUGCAAAUGCUCUCAAUGAAGCACUUUUAGAAGAUGGAAGCCGUUCAAUUACCCUUUUAGAUGGUGAUGUAGUUCGUACUUUCCUUUCAAGCGAGUUAGGUUUUUCAAAAGAACAUCGUGACCUCAAUAUUAAGCGUAUAGGUUUUGUUGCAUCAGAAAUUUCAAAAGCUGGUGGUAUUGCAAUUUGCGCACCAAUUGCUCCAUACGAAGCUGCUCGUAAUUUCUCACGUCAAAUUAUUUCUCAAAAUGGUGGUUUCAUCGAAAUUCAUAUUUCAACUCCAAUCGAAACUUGCGAAAAAAGAGAUCGUAAAGGUUUAUAUGCUAAAGUUAGAGCUGGUCAACUUAAAGGUUUCACUGGUAUCGAUGACCCAUAUGAAGCCCCAGAAAACCCAGAAUUAAGAAUUGAUACUACAGAUGUUUCAGUUAAAGAUGCUGUCGAUAUUAUUUUAAAUCAUUUAAGAACUGAAGGUUAUAUAAAUUAA